AUGAAAGAACAUUGGACCAACAGCGAUAAAAUAGACAAGAUAUAUGGUCCUAUAUAUGAUUCUAGCAAUUCAAAAUGGAGGCUUGGCUGCAAAGAAAUCGAUUUUGAUGCACGUACUGGCUACAUCAAAAAUGAUGGGGAACAAGUGAAAGGAACUCCUGGUAUAUAUGGACUGAUAUUCUACGAUGUCCCUGAAAAUUACAAUAAAGAUGAUCUGUAUGACUACAAACAAAUUUUGGAACUAUCAAAGGCCCAUCUGAAUGUGAAUGGGAAGAUCAAACAUAGUCCACGAUUCAAAAAACGAAAACUGGUGGUGAUUGCAUCAGGCGACGGCGGCUUAGCACAUACUCCUAAAGGCGAUAUAGAUUUCGGUUAUUUUAAUUUGUGCAAUGUCAAAACACCUAUUUUGAAAAAGGAUGCUGCAAACAAGGAAUACGUGGACCAGAUAAGAAAUAACGUGAAACAGUCCCUAGCGCGAAUCCAGACAGAUUUCAAGAGUGCAACUGACGAAAUCACCGAAACUGCUGUCGGCGCAGCUGUUGUGCCCACAAAAGUACAACUGGAAAUCGAAAAUGUGGAACUCAAAGUGAAAAGAUUAUUUCCAAACGAUCAAAUCAAACUACAACUCUUGAAGGCAAUCAAAGCUGACACCCCCAUCCUAAUACCCUUCAGAAAAUGGGAAUUACAUAUGUUGCCUUCUCUCACGACAGGCGCCACCAAUGAAAUAUGGGCGGUCAAAACUUCUUCGUUUCUCGAAAGCCCUCGAUAUGUCAUUGUUUGCUUUCAAACAGGUCAUGAUCUGACUAAAGUCAAUACUGAUCCUACGAUAUUCAAUCACGCAAACAUAACGAAUAUCACAUUAACUCUCAAUGGAGAAAGUUAUCCAAAGGAAAAGAUGCAGCUGGCCUUCGAUAAAGGAGCCUUUCCACAGGCGUACUUCAACUAUACGCAAUUUUGA